AUGGCCUCCGUCGACCCCUUCGACUCGGCCCUCGAUCUCCUCCGCCGCCUCAACCCGAAACACACGACCGACCACCUCAAUGCCAUUAUAUCGCUGGCCCCAGACCUGACCGAGGACCUCCUCUCGUCCGUCGACCAGCCCCUGACGGUGAAGCGCUGCAAGCAGACGGGCCGCGACUACCUACUCUGCGACUACAACCGCGACGGCGACAGCUACCGCUCCCCCUGGAGCAACCAGUUCGACCCUCCCCUCGACGAGGCGGGCGCCGGCGGCGUCGGGGCGAGCGGCAGCGAGGGAGCCGGCGAGGGUGCCAUCCCGAGCGAGCGCGUCCGCAAGAUGGAGGUGCGCGCCAACGAGGCGUUUGACGUCUACCGCGACCUGUACUACGAGGGCGGUGUGAGCAGUGUGUACUUUUGGAACCUGGAUGACGGCUUCGCCGGCGUCGUUCUCUUGAAGAAGUGUAGGUCUCUCUCCGGGAGUUUACGAAAAUGCGAGGGGGCCGCGACACCCGGAGGCAGCGCCGAGGGCGUCUGGGACUCGAUCCACGUCUUCGAGGCCAUUGAACGGGGCCGCACGACGCAGUACAAGCUGACCUCGACCGUAAUCCUCUCGCUGUCGACGUCGACGGGCGCCCUGGGCGACAUGGACCUCAGCGGCAACAUGACGCGGCAGGUCGAGCAGGAGCUGCCCGUUGAGGGCGACGAGAGCCACAUUGCCAACGUCGGCCGUCUCGUCGAGGACAUGGAGCUCAAGAUGCGCAACCUGCUGCAGGAGGUCUACUUCGGCAAGGCCAAGGACGUCGUCGGCGACCUGCGCAGCAUCGGCAGCCUCAGCGAGGGCGCCAAGGACCGCGCGGCGCAGAGGGAGAUUAUCGGGAGCAUGCAGAGGUGA